AUGGUUGGAGCAGCACCACCUUCCAUUCAAAGUGUGACAACAAAGGGCCCACAGAGACCAUUAUUCGUGUGGGAAAAUACAUCUUUGGUGGAUACACCAGCACAUCAUAGGAACAGAUUUUGGUUAGGACCUGUUCUGCAAAGCCAGUCCUCUUACUGGAAGUGCUGCUGGCGAGCAUCAGUGCAUGGUUGGGCCAGCACUACCUUCCAUUCAAAAUGUGACAACAAAGGGCCGACAGUGACCAUUAUUCGUGUUGGAAAAUACAUCUUUGGUGGAUACACCAGCAAAUCAUGGGUUUCCAACUGUGAAUACCAGUACAGUUCAAAGGCCUUUUUGUUCUCAUUGGUUAACAAGCCAGGCUGGGCACCAGUGAAACUGUCUCAAACAGGAAAGCAUCGUCAUGGUGGCCAUUCCAUAAACGGUUGUUCAAGCUAUGGACCCACAUUUGGUGGAGGACACGAUGUCAGCGUUAAGAACCACGCCUCUUCCAACACAAAUUCUUACUCAAACCUUGGAUACACCUACAGUCCACCAUCUGGCCACAGUUAUUUACAAUCCUUCACCAAAUCAUUCUUAGCUGGAAGUUACAACUUUCAACCUGACGAAGUUGAAGUGUUUUAUGAAACUACUUGAAGUAAAAGAACUGAAGUAACGAUGAUAUUUAAAACUCCUAUUUAGACCUAUUUACUAACAAUCCAGAGAGACGUUUCUUUCUGGGUUGCCUGUUGGUUAUGGCCACAAGCUGAGAUAAAGCUUGAACAGAUCAGUUUAGGUGGUAGCACUAAACUGUCCAAUCUUGUAUGCAGGUAUCAUCAUUUUUAGUCGUUGGAGAGAGAGCGUAAAUUGAUCAAAGUGACGCUAUAGUGAACUCGGGUAUUAAUUGUGCAGAGUGUUAUAAAAAUAUGCAGUGAUUGUAGUAAGCUGUCAGUUAUUCUGUGAUUCUAAGAUACAGAAUCAAGCCAUUAUCUCCGAAUUGAUCUGCUUUAUUUAACAUCGGUCCGUCAUCUUUAAUAAGAUUUACGCAACCUAUUUCGACCUGAUGAAGUUGAAGUGUUUUAUGAAACUACUUGAAGGAAACAAAUUCCUUUUUAAAGACAAUGGAGACAGGGUUGCCUGUGGCUUAUGGCCACAAAGACUAAGCUUGAACAGUUCAGGCCGUGAUAAACGCAAAACUGAUCAAUUAUGCGUAAGGAUACUAUCAUUUUGUAGUCGUAGGAGAGUGUACCAAAAUAAGAUGUAUGCUCUCCCCAGUCUCCUUUGGCCGUGCUAACGCUAAAAAAUUUGCUCAUCGAAUUCUCAUAUCCACAAGUAA